AUGGCGCCUCCGCCUGACCGCAUCUCCGCCAAACACGCCGCGAAGCCCGCCGCUCCUGGCGGUGGUUGGGCGCAUGUUUCUCUCGAUCGCGCAACCGCGCCGCAUGCUUCAACGCCGGGGGAACCGGCGGCGGCGACGCUUGCGGACUGUCACCCCCCGUACAGUCGCAUCCCACAUUGUCACAACCAAGGCAGCGGGGAGGAUCAGCUUUCCCCGUUAGUGUCACGCGAGGCCGUCGCGGAAGCGAGCCCGCUCGGGCUGACGCUUCGCAAGACGCCGUCGCUGGUGGAGUUCAUUUCGCACAGGCUAUCGCAGGGCGCUGGCGACACAUCUGGCGACGCUGCUGGCGACGGUGCCGACGACAGGGCGGGCGACGGCUCUGACGACGUGGAUAUGACAGAAGAGGGGCGGGCGGGCGUGCCGAGCGGCGGAGAAGGCAGAGAACCGGCGGGGCCGGGGCAUACGAUGUGCGGAGGCGACGCGCAGCGGACGGCACGCGGGAUGGGCGGAGGGGGAAUGAACAGCAGCAGUAGCAGUAGCAGCAGCGAGGCGGACCUGGGCGGCGGCGGGAUGGCGCAGGGCAGCAGCGCGCGGGGGAAUGAAAUCCGCACGGGGGACAAGCCUGUCCGCCCCAAUAGCGCUCCCGCGCACCAGCACGCGCAGGAGCAGGGGCGCGCGCAGGGCAAGGGGAUACCGGCGCUAGUGGCGUUCGGCGGAGGCGCAACCGCGGCGGACGGGGCUUUCGCGUCCCCCGAUGGCGCGCUGAUGGCGGAGGGCGCGCUCGCGUCGUUCAGCGCGCCGUUCCCGGCGCUGCCGGCGCCGCCGUCGGACAAGCUGAAGGCGUCCAACUUCCCCGCGACGCGCAUGACCAUCGGCUCCUGGGAGGACUGUGUCGCGGAAGGCGGAAUGUCGCGAGUGUGCGAGCAUUCCCGCGCAUGGCCGCAUGGUCUGAAGUUCAAGUCCCCCCUCAAUACUGCUAAACCCUCCCUAAACCUCUGUCGACGCUGCCCCUCAUCCCUCACCUCCUUUCUCCCGCCCUCACCUCACCCUCUCCCCCCCCCCAACUCCUCCCCCUUCCCCGUCCUUCCCCCGUUCCCACCCUUCUCCACCGCCCCUGUCCGCCCAACCUUCUUCCCCCCCCUCCACGCGCACCAGAGGCGCAGCAAGUACGAGGGCGAUCUGGUGGCCAAGUGUUACUUCGCGAAGCGCAAGCUGGUGUGGGAGGUGCUGGAGGGCGGGCUGAAGAGCAAGGUCGAGGUGCAGUGGGGCGACAUCGCCUCCCUGCGCGCCUGCACCGCCAAGGGCCAGCCUGGCGUUCUCGAGAUCGAGGUGUCGCGCCCCCCCCAGUUUUUCAAGGAGAUGAAUCCGCAGCCGCGCCGCCACACGCUCUGGCAGUCAACGCCCGACUUCACCGCCGGCCAGGCCAACUCCUUCAGACGGCACGUGGUGGAGUUCGCAGAGGGCGUGCUGAACAAGCACCUGCACAAGCUGCUCGCCUCCGACCCGCGCCUGCGUGACCUUGCUCACGGCACCUCGCACGGCCAGCACUCGCACGCGGGCCAGAUGGGGCAGGGCGGGCAAGGGAGCACGCACAUGGCCAUGCAUGCGCGCAACCAUGCCCACGCGCACGCAUAUGGCAGAGAUGUGCUGCAGCGGUCGCCACACAAGGCAGGCGUGGGGGCCAUGGGGGCGGGCGGGGCGAUGGAGGGCGUGAUGAGCAACUCGUACGAUGGGGAGCAGGAGGAGGAAGAGGAGGAGGAGGAGGAAGAGGAGGAGGAUGGAGGGGAAUGA